CUGUUGAUAGUGAUAGUUUACUAAAAUGGCGGCAGCGGCUUGGGUGGCGACUUCCUCGGGCAAAGACCCCGUAGCCGAGGGUCUGCUGGACCUCCUGAGACCAGCUAUCCAGCAGCUCGACCUGCACGUGCACUCGGUCAGAGAAAGCCAGGUAGAAUUAAGAGAACACAUAGACAAUCUGGCCACAGAGUUAUGCCGGAUAAAUGAACAUCAGAAGGUGGCUCUGGACCUGGACCCUUAUGUAAAGAAGCUGCUGAAUGCAAGACGAAGAGUCGUGCUAGUAAACAACAUACUGCAGAAUGCUCAGGAACGUCUGAGGCGACUCAACCACAAUGUGGCCAAGGAGACGGCACGUAGAAAGACCAUGCUGGAGGCUUCGGGAGUGUUCACCUCCCGCUCCCCCAGUAAACCCUGAGCCACCUUCUGAACUGUCAUGACAAGGAUGGACACAUCAGGACUGCAAACUGUAACACAAAGGAGUGCAAGUCUUCCUUGAACAUGUAGUUAGCUGUUUGUGUCAUGACAUGCUGAUGUUUUGCGCUGCUUUGUCUGAUGUUGUCAUACUAAAAAUCCUGCCUGCUAUCUGUUUAGUGCUGGGCAGCUACAAAAUGGUAGAAGAACAAGGUUCACCAGAUCAUACACUUAAGAUAAAUACUUUUACCCAUUAGCAAAUUGUUCACUGUUGUUCUGCCGGGAGGAAGCAUAGUUAGUCUUCAUGCCUUGUUCAAUUAUCUGGCUUUAGUAAGUGGUUAUUCACACACAUGAUCCCAGUAUCUCUUUAUGAAGUGAAAGUUAAAUGGUCUUUUACUCUUUAGUUCUCACCAGUCUAGCUGUGAGAUGCUAACUGAUGCUAGCUCAGCCACAUGGGAACUAGCAGGGUUAAUACACCUGAUUGCUGUGUCACAAUGAACACCACAACCACGCCAACACCAGGUGGCACACUUAGGGUUGUAUUAAGAUCACUACAAUAAAUACAUUACUGCACUGCAAAAAGGUGUGUCAAAUGUUUAACCAGCAUGCACUGGGGCAAUGGAAUUGUUAUCUGUCAUUUGCAUCGGUGUUGCUGCUCUGUUACUCAUGUUAGUGUGAUCUGUAUUGUCUUCUGCAAUGUUUACUCAGUUAUGUACAAUUAGUCAAUAUGAGUGAAUGCAGUUAAACCACAAAUAAUGUUGUCUGCAUGAUUAAUAUUCUCACCACUGACAGCAGUUUAAUGAUUAAAUGCAACAUUCAUAAUAAAUGUACUUCUGACAUGUGAGUCAGUGAAAAAAACGUUUACAAAGAUUUUUCCAAUAUAAAAAACUUUAACUUGACAGAACAUGUCUGCCACCACUUGUGAUAGUAUUUUUUAAGAAAAACUGUUGUAAAUAUUUAAUCCAAUGUGCAUUUUAUUGUGACACAAGUCAAUAUUCUGUAUAUAUAUAUCAGUUUGACCAUGCAUUAAAGCUGCAACAGGAAGCAAUCUGAUAA